CCCGUUUAAGUCAGUCGGCCAUAUUGGAUGCAACUGUGCUUUUGUUUGACUUCUAAGAGCUGUCGUAUUUUAUUUGUCGUACUGAACUACACGGAAAUUACUAUGGGUACCAGAGUUUACAUCGGACGUCUCAGUUAUCAAACUCGAGAAAGAGAUGUUGAAAGGUUCUUUCGUGGAUAUGGUCGCCUGCGUGAAAUCAACUUGAAAAAUGGUUUUGGAUUUGUGGAAUUUGAGGACCCACGUGAUUCAGAUGAUGCAGUAUAUGAGCUUAAUGGUAAAGAACUUUGUGGGGAAAGGGUUACAAUUGAACAUGCUCGUGGACCAGUCAGAAGAGACUACAGAGAUUCUGGAUACAGCAACAGAGGUGGUGAUCGUGAUUCUUACAGAAGUGAUCGUGGUGGCUUUGGUCCACCCAGAAGACGAGGGGGAGUUGACAAUAAAAGGUAUGGACCACCAACACGUACAGAGCAUCGCUUAAUUGUGGAAAAUCUAUCCAGUCGUUGUAGUUGGCAGGACCUGAAAGAUUACAUGAGACAAGCCGGAGAAGUUACUUUUGCGGAUGCUCACAAACAACACAAAAAUGAGGGUGUCGUUGAACUUGCCUCACAUUCAGAUUUGAAAAAUGUGAUAGCCAAACUUGAUGGAACAGAAAUCAGUGGUCGCAAAAUAAAACUUAUUGAAGACAGACCAAAAAGGCAUCGAUCAAGGUCACCCAGAGACAGAACAUGGCGUGGAAGUCAAUCAAGAUCUCGUUCACGAAGCCGAUCAAGGAGUCGCUCAAUUAGUAGAUCCCGUUCUCGUUCAGGAUCUAGGUCAUCAAGAUCCAAGUCAAGGACCCCUAAAAGUGACAAAGAAUAGAAUGUACAAUUCACCAACAAAAAUGUAUAAUUUGAGGCUUUCUCUUUAAUUUGCUUCAGUUCAGUUCCAAUUAUCUGAUUUGCUAAUAAGCAAUACCCAUAUCCAUAGUAUUGGCAAUAAGAAACCUGGCCAUAAAUGAAAUAACGUGUAAGAGCCUUGUACUGGUGGGCUUUGGAAUGUAUUUUUAUUUAGUUACUUAAAUCCAAUAUGUAUGUAUGCAGAUAGGAUUUCAUAUUUAAGUGUUAAUGUGUAGGUAUAACCAGGUGUAAGUGUGUCUUGAAAUAAAACUAUACAGUUGAGGUUUUUAAAAGUACAAGUGUAUGUAAACUUUUUUUUUAUUCAACAUAAAUCAUUGUAUUGUUGCAGAAUAUACAAAUAUUUUUCUGUUCACUUAUGAAUUCUACUAUGUGGUCUUUCCUUACUGUUAUGACUGAAUAACUGACCUUGGGCAAAAGGAGCACUUGUAAAUUUUCAGUAUUUCUAGACUAAGCGUAGAUCUCAUCGAUCCUUCUUUCAGAUCAAUUUUACAUUGCACGUCUGUGCAAUGGAAAUUUGUUUUCAAGUAACUUGUACGCAUGUUGUUCACAAGCAUAGUUUUAAAAUUUCCUAGUCUACAAUUAAAUGAUUAUAUCCAGAAACACCUAUUAUAGUCGUCACAUAAGUUGUUUCGUACUGUGGUCAGUAGUUUUCAGAUGGUCAAAAUGGCAGCAUUCUGGAUGUGUUAAUGCUCGCUGGCACUGAAGUUUGUUGGAAAGUGGGGGUUGUUGGUGUGAGAAUUGUUCAAGUGUAAACGAGAUCGCUGGAUUGUCUUUUACAAAACGUAUAUAUACAUAUAUCGUAGAAUGUUUUUCACUCAGAAACACAAUUAAAAUUAGUCUUUCAUUUUAGAGUCCGACUGCCCAAAAAUUAAAUCAACAAUUUGCAGUUAAUUUUUCUUUCGAAUUAAGUGUAUUCCAUGAGAUCUUUUUACUGUCAGGUACUUUUGUUGAAUAAAAACUAUAUAUUACCUGAAA